AUGGACGUACGACAGGUCCGCCAGAACCAGGUGCGUAAGGAGCAGAACAAAGGCAGAGGUGUGGGUUGUCGCUGCGCCGCUGUUCGGGCUGCACGACUGUCCGCUGUCUACGCUCACAGAGCCCGCUGCUUCCGUGCGCUCUGUCGGGGAGGGACGGUGCCAGGAGACGUGAGUAGCGUGUCCUCUGACAUACAGCUGCUGCCCUGUCGUGCGCGGGGGAGCUACAAUACUGUGGCAGAUAAGAGCCUCAUGUAUGGGAUGAGCUCCUCGUACCCAGACUCAGAGGGGCCGAGCUUCAGCGCUCCUCAGCUGGGACGCAGAGGACAUGGGGCAGCCUGGACUCCAACGGGACGCCCUCUAGGCAUGUCCGGGCUGUUGGACAGCAGGUCCACAGGUCCAGAGGCCUCCCUUUCACAUCGGCUGACAGCGAUGGAUUCACAUAUGUCACAAUUUGGAGGUCCUUUCUGGCAAAAUGGAACACACUCUGGUUCUGGAUACUCCCCGUCCAUGGCAGCUCUGCCUGCGUAUCAGCACCCAGGAUCAUUUCCUGGAAGACCCCUCACUCACUCCUUCUCUCUGCCGGACUCAGCUACGUUUAACCCUGGUUUGUUGUCCUCCCAUGAUUAUCUCCUCCACAUGAAAUCUACGCCCUCCAGCUUGGCUUUUGGUCAGGUUCUGUCCUCCCAGGAUACCCUCUUCAGGAGAUCCCAAGAGCCCCAAGUCCCUUCCAAAACUCACCUUGCCUCUCCACGGGUAGACCUCUUGUCAGCCCAGCUCCAUAGCCAGUCCAACCAACUGUACAACACCUCCUCAUUCUCCUCUACUCCCAUCCACUCUCAGACUCCACAACACAGGGACAUUUCUGCGCAGGACAAUAUGAUGAAGCGGUACCAAAGCAUUCCACCAGGCCAGUCCACACCCAUGCCUCAACAGCAGCAGUAUCUCACCUGUGCCAAGUCACCAGAUCUCCGGCAGAGAACAAUUGAACAUCAGGGCGCUAUUUCAGACGUCAAGCCUUCAUUGCGGAUGAAUACCCAGGCUUACUUGUCUCCUUACGUAUCUUCUGAGGAAACUGGCUACUCCUCCUUAGAAUCCUCAUCCUUCUUGUCCUACUCCCAGCACACACCUCCAUCAGCCUCUUCAUUCUCUCACAACAGCAGCAGCUCGCUAUCUGCCCCAUCUCACCAACGCUCCCUGGAUUCUUCAACAGUGUCCUCCACAGUUUUGUCUGAACCUUCAAACCAAUGCCCAAUGCCCUCUAUGUCCUCCCUCAGCUCCCCAUGUGCUCCCAAAUCUCGCACUCAAAUGAAUCAAAGCCCCCCAGUCUAUCAAAGCCAAGCGUUUUCUCCCAAACAGCUCACGCCUACACUCCCAACCUACUCAAGUCCACGCUAUAGGCUUCCUCUUGCUCAGAAUCUUGGCUUUAACAGAGGUCCUGGAAGUUCAAUUUUUAGUGACUCGAGUUUAGACCUAGUUUCUAUGAAAAGGUCAAGCAGCGCCGAAUAUGGAAGCCCUACAUUCUCCUCAGCCAGUAGACCUUUGUCAGGACUGGCAGGUCAAGGAGGUGAUAUGAUGGCAGAGGGUGUGGAAACAAAUCAAGAUGGGAACAGUAGCCCAUACAUUCCAAAGUGCAGACUGUCGCCUUCCAUAAAAGCGGACGUAUAUUCAGAAAUAACAUCGCCCAAAUCGUCUCAUUCUUCUGGCAAUUCACAAGCUGGGAAAUGCACUUCAAUAUUUGAUCCUAAAAAUGGUGAGGAAUUGCGAGUUGACUCUUUGCUUCAAGAUCAAAGCUCCGGUGGCCAUCUUGUGCAGGAUUUUCAACAUCAGUACUUAGGCACCAACUUGCCAAAGGAACAAGGAGAAACCUAUGCUAGUCAUGAACCUUCAACGGCUCCACAGAUGGACUUUCAGAGCAACACGCCUGAUAGAAUGCCAAAGUCAACUGCUACAGGGAUUAGUGAGGCCAAACAGUCCCCCAUCAGAAGCAGCCACUCUUCUGACACAGCGCCACAUGCCCUAGGUUCUCUGGGAAACUUUGCACUGGGUAGUCCUUGUGCACCGUAUCCACAUAGUUCAUUCUUGAGUAGCACUAAAGAGGUACCACAAACCAGCCAUGGGGAAGUUUCCAUGACAUCAUCAGACCUCACAGCUCAAGCGUGCAUGCUACAGUCUGAUCUUUCCCCUGCUGCAAAUGCCAAGACAGAUCUUCUCAAAACAUUCCCCGACAAGCCGAACUCUGGAAUGGGUGCAGUGCAUAACAGAGCCCAGUUAGAGACAUAUACACCGUCAUCCAAACUUCAGCUGCAUGUCCCGUCGCAGACUGUGGAGACUCAGUACAGUCCUGGAGUGCAGCAAAGAGACCAAUCCCGGUACACUCCCAACCCGGUGCCUGCUCAGGACUUGAUGGACCAGUCCCUGAGUCUCUACGACAACAGGGGUACAGGGGGGGCGAUGGUCCGAUCUGAGGUUGGGAUGACUGUGGAUAGCAGAGAGCAAGGAAGUGGAGCCCAAACACUGUGGAACCCCAGCUCCAAGCAGGAUCUGCACCAUCUGAACCAACCUCCUGCCCUUCAGGAACCCCAGCAGCAACAGAGAACACACACACCCAGUCACCUCCCACAGCCUGGGUUAGACCAGCGUGUGGCCAUAACUGCAGACACAAGGAAUGACAAACACUUUGUCCCAUCAGCCUGCUUUUCUGAACCAUUUGUACAUAGUGAAGAUCAGUCUUUCUUUCCAACAAUGGAUGACAUAUUCUGUUCAUCAGAUCAUAAUACUAGUUGUGCUGGGGACUCUGGUGCCUAUAUGCCUGAGCAGGAGUGCCAUUCCCAGGGUCAGAUACAGGAGCAUGGCAGUCUGAAAGCAUCUGGUGCUAAGCAGGGUUUUGACAUGUUUAGUCACCAGACUGAAGAACGUUAUGCACAGUUCUGUCAACAGAACCUGACACAAAGUGACAACACUUAUUCUGACUUCAUGUCCGUAAAGACUCCAGCUCCCUCUUCAGUAAACACAGAUCAGCUCAGUCUCAUGCAGUCCCAGAGCCUUAAUGCGUCAAUUGGUUCAAGUGCCACCGGUCUGGCAUCACCUAUUUACUCCUCACCCCAACCCAAGAAACUCCUGAAGACUAGUUUCCCUUCACUGUUACACCGACAGGAGUCACAGGUGCAGUCCAAAAAGCACUAUGCACAGGAGUAUGAGUUUGAAGAUGAGGAUAAAGCCGAUGUUCCAGCUGACAUUCGCCUCACCGGUCGACGUUUUCCGGAUGUGCUCCCUGACUUGGUCUCCAGCUGUCGCAGGGCCGGAGGGUCCAUGAAUAGUUCCAGUCCAAUGAUGGAUAUGGAUUUUUGCUACUCCAACUAUAACUCCCUAACUCCUCCACAAACCCCGGGCCUGGAUGGCCCAAGAAAAAGAGGCAGGAAACCUACUAAACCAAAACGGGAAGGACCUCCGCGGCCCCGCGGACGUCCUCGCAUACGCCCCCUGCCCGAGCCCUCUGUGUUCCGUGGUCAGACUCGAGGGACUGGAGGCAGAGGAAGAGGGCGUGGUCGGGGGCGAGGCCGAGGCAGAGGAAAGAGAGAUGACGGACUUCAGGGUUUCAACAAGAUUCCAAACAUGCCAUAUCAUUGUGAACAAUAUGUUCCCCCACAGUUCAUGCAGUCUCAGCAUAGAUAUGAGCCAGGCAACACCACAUUGUUGCCCCCACCCCCCAGCCCUCUGCAGCUGGCCUCACAGCACCCAGCACCCAGCCCUCUGCAGCUGGCCUCACAGCUCCCAGCACCAAACCCUCUGCAGUUGGCCUCACAGCACCCAACACCCAGCCCUCUGCAACUGGCCUCACAACCCUCCCAGACACAGCCCUAUAUGCAACCGCACCAUCACAUGCAGCAAGUGCAGCCCUAUCAGCAACUUCAACAACAAACAGAGGAGCCAGUCAAGUUAGAUUUUUCGUCCCCCAACAUGACUCCAGCUGACUCCCUCCUGAGAGCAGAGUCCUUCCCGGGCCCUGAGCUUGCUCUGUCUGAUGGCUUAGGUCCCUCUGCUCCCUUCCUGGGCCUUAGUCCUGGACCCAGCACCACUCCAGACUUCAGCAGAAAUGACCCACAGCAGAUGCAAGAUCACAUGCUACAGCCAGAGUCCACAGAGGUUGCAAUGAAUAAAGAAAACUAUGAUUUACUUAACUGUGAUGGAUGGGCUGCAGUGGACAAGUUUCCAAGUCUUGAUGAUGAAAAGACUUUUGACCUUAAACCUGACGUAGUAGGCUCUUUCUUGGACUUUCUCAAAACGGACAACAAGCAAUCAACCCCAGAGGUCACGGAAAGCCGAGGCGAGCUGAACCUUGACUCAACCCCCUCACCCGCCUUAUCCCAACACGCCUCCAGUGAGGGGGAUAAGGUUGUCCCAUGCAGCUCCAGUCCCAGUGGGCAGCUAGACCAGGAGUUGAAUGGAAACCUGGAAGCUUUGCCCUCCUUCUCUUCAGAUGAGGAGGACUGUGUGGGCAAGAACGGAGAUCUCCAGCAGAGCAUCACCUGUGCCAUCUCCACGCUCUAUGACAACCCACGCCUGCUAGCAGCUACCACGGCCUCGACCAGCGAGCCGCACCAAUCCAACCUCCAAACAAAUGUCACAGAACAGAACCUAGUCCCUGACACGUCCCACCUCCACUCUGCAACUCAAGAAACGCAAAACCAUCACGGGACAUCCAAUGUUCAAACCCAUGAUAAUGAGCAUCAGUGCUUAUCGUCUGAACCGGUGAUGGACAAUGAGCUAGCAUCUUCUGAAGAAAAGGAAGAAGAAGACGAAGCAGAGACAGCAAAUGAGGACAGAAGUGAGGACGUUGAUCCAUCGCAGGAAGAUACAGUCGAGCCGGAGUGUCCAAUAGAAGAGGAGCAGAAGAUUCCAGAGAUCGUUGAAGGACCCACGCCUGAUUGCCCAUCCUCACCACUGUCUGCAGAUGGCUUACCUGCGUCAUUGUCCUCUGAACCUGUCGAGAAUCUGGCAGAACCUCCUCAUGCCCAACACCUCCAUGACCCACCAGCUCCUCCUCCAAACCCCAUUGUACAGCCCUCCAGCCCUCCACCCCUGAACCACACCCGGGAUCUGGCUGCGCCUUCUCCUCCCUCGCCCUCUUUAUCGUCCACGCCUCCACCCACACCACCCACCCCUGAAGAAGUCCAAGCCCCUCAGAGGGUCACCUCACUGCACCUGGCCAAGAAGCAGGCCAGUGCAGCCAUUGCUGGAGAGAGUGAGGAGGAGGGCAGCGAGAGUGAGGGAGAAGGGAUCUUCCGUGAACGGGACGAGUUUGUGGUGCGAACUGAAGACAUUGGAAGUUUAAAGAUGGCAUUGCAGACAGGCAGGGAACCACCACCUAUCUGGAGAGUGCAGAAGGCCUUGCUCCAAAAGUUUAGUCCAGAAAUUAAAGAUGGUCAGAGGCAAUACGGUGCUACCAGUAAUUAUCUGGGAUACUUUGGAGAUGCCAAAAUACAAUACCAACGAUUGUACGUGAAGUUUUUGGAGAACAUCAACAAGAAAGACUAUGUCCGAGUGUGCUCCCGUAAGCCAUGGCACCGCGCCUCUCUGACUGUGAGACGACAGCCACUCCACAAUCAUCUGAGCUCCGUUCUUCCACAAUACCCUCCUCAAAAUGAACGACACCAACCAACAGAGGAAGAGAGGGGAGUGAGGGAGAGCAUCCGGAGAGAGACUGAAAGGAGAGAGAGCGAGAGGAGAGAGAAUGAGAGGCGAGAAAGUGAAAGAAGAGAAAGUGAGAGAAGAAAGAGUGAAAGGAGAGAGAGUGAAAGGAGAGAAAGUGACAGAAGAGAGAGUGAAAGGAAAGAGAGUGAGAAGAGAGAGACAGACCAAAAAGAAGGUGAGAAAAGAGAAUGUGAAAGGAAGGAGGCAGAGAGAAGAGAAAGAGAGAGAAGAGAGAGUGAAAGGAGAGAGAGCAUAAGGCAGGAGAGUGAGAAGAAAGAGGCUGAAAGGAGAGACAAAGAGAAGAGAGAGAACGAGAGGAGAGAGACAGAAUGGCGAGAAAGAGAGAAGAGAGAGAACGAGAGGAGAGAAAGUGUGAGGAGAGAGACACACCUGAGAGAGAGUGACAGGCGAGAUACAGAGAGGAGAGAGAGUGAGAGGAGAGAUACAGAGAGGAGAGAGAGAAGAGAAGCCGUAGGAGACAAAAGGGAGAGUGAUAAAUGCAGUAACCAACAAAAGAACAGAGAAAAAGACAAAGACAUGGCUAUGCUGAGGAGGGAGCAGAGCAGUAGGGUCAGAGAGAGAGCAUCAGAAGGCCAGGACAGAGAGGUCAGAGAGAGGGUGUCAGAAGGCCAGGACAGAGAGCCAGGACAAGUCUCAGAGGACAGGAGCAGAGCUGACCCAGAGCCAUUAGAGCCUCCACACAAGAGGAGCAGGACCUGUGCGGAGCAAAGGUCUUCUUCCUCCGAGUCAGACUCUUCACCUGCCAGUGAUGAAGACACACACAGUAGAGGCCUCAGCAGCCGUGGCCUGAGGGACCUGUUCAGGAGCUAUGUGGAGAUGCUGGUCAGCACUGCUUUGGACCCCGACAUGAUCCAAGCCCUGGAGGACACUGAUGAUGAGCUGUACCUACCGUCCAUGAGGCAGAUCGACGGUCUCCUCAGCGGUCAGAAGAGGCGGCUGUUACUGCGGGUCAACAUGUCUGCUCCACACCAGGAAGCUCUGCAUGUCUUCCCAAAGCUGACUGCAGACCCUCUGGACUGUGGGGCGGUGCGGGUCAGCCUAAGCGGGGAGGGAUACAACCGUAAAACAUUGAGUCGAGCCAAGAGGAGGACCUCUAAACAGCAGGAGCUGCAGCUGUCAGUGGAAACCUGUCGUAUCUACUCUCUGUACCAUGCCCUGCACCACUAUAAGUACCAUACUUUCCUGCGCUGUAAGAAAGAGACGGUGAGCAUGGAGCAGGCCUCAGAGGACCCAGGGCAGGAGGAGGUGGUGCAGCGCUGUAUGGCCAACCACGGCUGGAUCGACAAGCUCUUUGGCUCCUUCAUGGAACUGCUCAGCCUCAGCGCCAAAGCCUGAGCCACUCUGGACCAGAGAUGACUUGAGUGGAAUUGAGAAGAUCUGAGAGGAGUUGAGAAGACCUGAGAGGAGCUG